AAUACAUAUAAUACUGUAUUUAAACAAUUAUCUAACUGUGUGUUUGUACUGUAAUUUUGUCAAUCAAUGUCUCAUUUUGCAUCACUUAGAGUCAGCAAUAGUACCGGUAGAUAUUGUUGUCUAUUGUUGGCCACAACGUUUGGCUCAACAAACUAUUGGCUGCGACAACGGCAACAACAAACUGGACACAAAUCCAGACAACAGUGCUCUUCAUCGUCGUUGUCCUCGUCAUUAUCAUCGCCACUAAGAUUAUGGACAACUGUUGGCCACCACCAACAGCAACCAUCACCACUGUCAUCCGAGUUUCUAUUGAGAAGUGCACUGUUGGCUAACGGAAGCCCACCGGGUGCUGGUAGUGGCGGCAGUGGCAGUGGCGGUAGUGGCGGUAGUGGUAGUGGCGGCAUAGGCAGUGGCGGUAGUGGCGGUAGUGGCGGUAGUGGCGGUAGUGGCGGUAGUGGCGGUAGUGGCGGCAUAGGCAGUGGCGGUAGUGGCGGCAGCGGUGACGGUAGUAGUGACAGUGAUAGCGGUAGCAUUGAUAAUGGUGACCAACCGUUUUACGGCAAAUGGUUUGCACCGUUUGUCGGCCUCAAACUGUGGCCAUUGCACUGCGAUAUGGAUUCGUUUCCCGACGACUACGACGGCUACGCACCAAUGGUAGCAUUGGGUACUAUUGUUACCGAAUCGGGACUGAUUGUUACCGCCAACAAUGAGAUGGAAAAAUGCAAUAUCGUAAUCGUUAGCUUAUGGGACGGCAGCGAAUUAGAGGGUCGGGUAGUCUACAGGGAUACUACCAAUAAUUUGUGUGCCAUCAAAAUACAGGGUCCCGAACAGCGUAACGAUUUUCCAAACAUUAUGGGCCGAUUGUCUACUAAAGAUUUGCGGGCCGGCGACCAAAUCUAUGUGGUCGAUACACUGCAGGCCGGUUACGGCUACUUUCCCAAUGUUAGCGAAGGCAUUAUCAAUACUGUACGCACCAUCAACGAUAUGGCACCGAAAGCCAACCCUAGCUGGCAGUAUGUACAGCACUCGGCCUACAGUACACGGGCGGGCGGUGCCGUCAUCGAUACCGAUGGCAAAGUGAUAGGUUUCAAUCAGUAUGUCUAUCCACAGAAUGUUGCAAUGUGUCUAUUGCAUAUCUAUUUGAAAAGAUUUAUCGAAGAAUAUACGAAAAAUAUGUUCAAAACAUACGGUCUGAUCACCAGUUGGUACGACCACAACGACAGACAGCGGUACUUAGAUCUGGGUGUACCAAACGAUCGGCUGGUCGACUAUUCCGGUAUUAUGAUUACCAGUGUUAUACGUAACACACAGCAGGGACAGCCUAAUGUCAAUGUCCAACAAUUUGAUAUUAUCACACAUCUGAAUGGCAUUAGAGUACAAUCGAUGGACGACUUGUAUCGGGCCAUAGAUUUGACGCCCAAUUUUUUCAUGACCAUAAACGAGGGCCACAACUCUGGCAAACCUAAUACCGGUGUAGUAAUGACCAAACAGAUUGAAACGCCGGCUGUUUUGGUUUAAAAGUAGGACUUUAAUAGUA